AUGGCUGAUGCUAUUUCAGCCGCAUUGCUGUUAGUUGAGACGGCGAUAAUCUGCACCGACCAAUUACACAGUCGUACGAGUAGUGUCCGUAAGGAUCUUGAAAGGGCCCGGAAUUGUUUGGCGAGGUUGCAACAGUGGGAUAAUCACACAAAUCCCCAAGCUAGGGAGAAACAGGUCCAAGAUUUGGCUUGUAAUAUUGAGGAUGCUAUUAACGAGUACCUGCUUCAGGUUUCACAGCAUUCCCAUACCAAUCGGUUCUCUAAGCUGGCGCACAACGUUGGUCAUUUCAUCCCCGACUGGAUAGCAAGCAGUAAGUUAUCCUCCAGCAUUGAUGAACUGGAACGAGACCUGAAUUUGGUUACGUUACUAGAUUCAGUACAUUCAAAUGGUCCCCAAGAAGGCCGCCCAAGCUCCAGCACAGGACCUCAGGGGGCAACUUUGACCCACAGAUUUCUUGAAGACCAUGAAAUAGUGGGCUAUGAUGAAGAGAAAACACGACUUUUCCAACACUUGGGAGAAAGAAAUCCAGAGCUUUUGACAAUUGUGAUUGUAGGUCCUGGAGGCUCCGGCAAAACUACACUCGUAAAGAAUGUUUACCAAAGCGAAAGGGUCAGCAGCUUGUUUCAUUUUCAAGCUUGGAUUGAUGUGCCACUCGAUCUUGACCAACUCCUGCCGAAGUUGUUAAGAAGAUUUAAGCAGGAAGUAGAUCCUCAUGAAGAUAUCAGUGACCUUCAAGAGAAACUGAGAAGAAUUUUGGAGAAUAAGAAGUUUUUGGUUGUCCUGGAUAAUGUUUGGAGCCACGAAGCUUUCGAAUCCAUUGUAAAUGCACUACCAAAAACGGAGGGUAGUAAACUAAUCGUAAUUACUCGGAACAUUGAUGUAGCUCCGGUUUCUUCCAAUUAUAUUCAUGAUUUGUGUGCUGGGUUAUCAUCGAAGAAAGCCAACCAGCUAUUCUGCAAGAAGGCCUUUCCUGAUGUUGUACGAAAUAUUUGUCCAACCCAUCUGGAGGACUGGGCUGAACAGAUUGUAACGAGGUGUGAAGGUAUGCCCUGGGCAAUUUCACAAAUCGGCACUUUGCUAGCAAGGACGCCGAGAGUAGCAGUUGAGUGGAAGAAGAUGCAUGACACACUAGGAUCCGAUCUCUCCAUUGCUAGCAGUAUUUCACAUUAUAGGGAUCUGCCAAGCAAUCACAAAGAAUGUUUCCUGUACUUCGUGCGAGGGAAAUCGAUGGACGAGUCAAGAAUUGUCGUGUUUCCAACCUUGUUCGUGAGUUCAUCAUUUCCAAAGCAAAGCAUUUCAUCACUGUUUUUGGAAGCCAAGAGUGUUGGGAAUAUUGUUCGGGAUUCAGGUGAGAAAAUUCGACGCCUUUCAGUUCAGUGUGAUAUCAAUUUGUUAAGGAACAUAGACCUGAGUCGUAUGACUCAUACUCGUACCUUACUAGUUUUCCGGCAGACAGCCAAUAGGUCUGAGCUUCAUAUGGUGCUUAAAGCCUGUAAGCUCUUACGGGUCUUCGGUUUGCAAGGUGUACCUGAAUUGGUGAACUUUCCGGAAUCUGUAAUUAGUCUCACCUUAUUAAGGUACUUGAGUGUCAGGCAAACCAACAUUGAAAGUGUUCCAAGAUCCAUAGAGAAGCUUGGAUUGUUGGAAACCUUAGAACUUAAAGACACCCUGGUGACCAAUUUGCCAAAAGGGAUUGGUAAACUCCACCAUUUGCGCCACCUUUUGGUGUAUUGCAAUGCUGUCAACAAUAAUAUGAUGUUUGGAGCUGCACAAGGAGUGGAGUUUUCUACUAGCAAAAUAAGUGCUUUAUCUAUUUCAAAUUCGUUACAAAAGUUGUCUCUGAUUAAGGUAAACACCAACAAAAAAUUCUUGAAAGCCUUAGGAGAGUUGAAAGAUCUUAGAAGGUUGGGGCUGGUAGAUCUUCAUAGAGAAGAUGGAAGAGAAUUGUGUUGCACCAUUCAGAAAAUGGAUGAUCUUUCGACAUUGGAUGUAAGAGCAACAAGCGAGGAUGAAUAUCUUGACUUGGAUCACAUGCAAUCCGGCUCCCCGCCUCUCCUUCUCCAACAUCUAUAUUUAAAAGGGCGGCUAAAAAGGGUACCAGAGUGGAUUCCCAAGCUUACCAGUCUCAAAAAGAUUGGUUUAAAAUGGUCAAAGAUGGAUGCUGACGCUGAGCCACUUACGGCCCUUCAAGAUUUGCCCAACCUCAUGGAGCUCGAUUUGGUUGACUAUUACACUGGCCAGGUGUUGGGUUUCGGAGAUGAAACUUUCAAGAAACUAGUGGCAUUAAGUAUAGACAAAUUUGAUAAGCUAAAUUUGAUCUCAAUAGGUGAGAAGGCAAUGCCUAUGCUCAAGAAGCUAACCAUCUCGAGAUGUCCGGAUUUGAAGUUACUUCCAUUUUCAAGUGGUGAUCUUGAAUUGCUGGAAGAAUUGCUUCUAUUUGACAUGCCCAAUGAAUUCAUUGCUGAGUUUGAAACAGACAGCGAACGACGUGAGGAUUUAAAGCAUGUUGGAGUCAUUCAUUAUUCUCGGCAUCCAGGAAGCUACCAAUCUGAUGGAUUCAAAGAUCUUUCUCCAUCAAAAUGGAGGUAA